UACAGUGGAGGAUCUGGGGAUAGUUAAUACCAGUUUCAGUCUGCUCGAGGAAGAGCAUGUGACCCCAAGAAACACCAUGGGCCGCUCGGCUAGCUCUGUGUCGACCUGCCUGAGGGCUCUAACGAAGAAACCACUGCAGCAUCUGUCUUCUCUGCCGCUUCAGCCUCGAGCAAGACUGGCAAACCCUUCUACCAGCUGGGAAGAGCAUGAAGAAGAAGAGGAUCACUUUCUGUUUGGAAGUGGCAAUGACAGCACCCCCACUUCUGGGAGCCUCUUGGCGCACUGUGAGAUCAAUCUGAUUCCACCUACUCCAUCUGAUGUUAUUGAGGAUGAUCAGUUCUUUGACGAGAAUUCAGAAGAGAGUGACAGUAGCUUUGCUGACUAUGAGGAAAAUGUGGAGACAAAAGAGGCAACGCUGGGAUUGAGACUGACUGAGAGUGAGAUGAUUCUUGACAAAGCACUGGAUUCUGAGGCGGACAAAUGCGAUCAGUUGGCAGAAGAGAGGGAGAUGAUAAAAGACAAAGAUGGGGAUGAGCAAAAAUCAAAGGCCAUGUUGUCUCGUUUUUAUCAGGUGGAUCCUCUCCCUGUGCUCCCCCAGAAAUGCAACACUGGAAUCAAACCUUUGCCUUUCACUGAGCUCAACUUGGGUGACUUGAGCAACAGCGAUGUGAGCUGCUUUGACAUGCUGAAGACUUUGGUUGGCCUGCCUGCUCUUAAGGCUCCCACAAUGGAUGCAUUUACUCGGCAGAGGAAGCCAAUCACUCGCUCCUUCAGUUUAGGGGACACACAAACUGGGAGUGCCACUUUUCACGCGUUAACCCAGACCUCAGACCAGCAACAACAGCAUGGGAAGAGGUCGCCACGGCAACGACGUACAACCGUUGCAUCUUGUGUUUCCAAAUGUAAGGACCAGAAUGGAAACUUCCCAGAGAAGACUGUGAACAGGCCAGAAGCCAAAUCACUCAGGCAGAGAAACACAAAUGAGACGUGCCAGUGGUUCACUAGCAUUGGAUUGCAAAAAUGUCUCCCUUUCAUCCAAGAGGCAAAUUUGUGUGGAGCAGAUAUUGUGUCUAUAGACGUCAGGAUCCUGGACACUCUACACAUCAACACACUCAAAGACAAGGAGCAGCUCCUGUCUGCUAUUUAUAAUGAGUUGCACCCACCCAGCACUUUUGGAUCCUUUGGCUAUAAUCACGUAGAAACAUUCAUGCCAAUGAUCAAAUCUAAGUCCUCACCACAGGUGAACUGUCUGAGCAUAAACCGACCAUCCCUCAAGAUCAGACAUAAUAAACAAAACUACACGGCACAGAGGAAUUCACAGUUGAUCGAGGUCACUAUUAAUGCGUCAGAGCAAAUAGUUCACCUCAGAACCCCAACGGAAACAACGGUGGCCAAAAUAAUGGACUCGUGCCUGAGAAUGAUGGGAAUGACAGAAGAUAAAAGCUUUUUCUCACUGAAAGAGCAGAGAGAUUCCAUGGCUGAGCUCUCCCAGGAUCAGCAGAUUGGGAGUCUGCUGACAUCCCUGUCUGACAAGCAGCUGGAGCUGCAUUUGUGUAAAAGGGAAACCGGAGUGCCCGGAGAAAACCCACGCAGGCACGGGGAGAACAUGCAAACUCCACACAGGCGGGGACGGGGAUUGAACCCCGCACCUCAGAACUGUGAGGCUGACCCUCUAACCAGUCGCCCAGAGGCCAACAGUUCCACUGGAAUACAAAAGGAGGAGAGAAUCAGGGAGCUGAAACUGCAGGUGGAGUCACUCCAAAAUGUCAUCCUCCAGGUGCAAGAGCUCCACCUCGGCCUGGUAACAUUCUGCUCGGAGUUGAAGAACACGGAUGGAGAUGGGAAUUUGGAAAUGCUCAGCUCAGCUGAGCUGGAGCACAAACUGGAAUUACUCCAAAGAAGACUGAGCGACAAAAGGAAAAGUCUUCAGAGCCUCCGAGAUAACAUCAGCAACUCUGCCGCUCACAGGAAGAAACAGCUGGAUGUUCAUCUUUUGGAGAAGAUUAAGCUCAACUGCCAGGUCUUUAAAGAGGAAAUCUCCAUGGUACAUCUUAAUCGACAGGUGGCACGUCUCCAAAAUGUUCUGCAGGACACUUAUAUUAAGGAGAAAGCCCCGAGAAAAAAUAUGACCGUCGGUAGCUUGAGCCAGCUGGUGUCACCACAGACUCCCGCCAUGCUGCUGGCCUUCCAGGAGCGGAGCGGACCGGACGGCCGCUAUGGCUUUACGUGUCGUUACGCAGAAGGCAGUGGCCUAGUGGUGGUCAAGGUGGACAACUCACAACUAUGUGUGGAUGACAGACUUGUAGAGGUGAACGGCUCAUCAGUGGUCAACUGGACAGAAGAAGAACUGAGUGACCUUCUUCUCCAGAUAACCAGCGCUCAGAUUAUUGUGCUUCGCCAGCCCCCUGCGACACUCACCUCACAUCAAGCCCCACUUAUCCUGCAGCACAUGGUCACCCCUAAUCCCCUGCAAGCAGAGAGAGACGUGAUCGUCAUGGAAACGCCGUCACUGCGCAGGCUAAUGGCCAUCUGAUUAAAAUGGGGGUGUUUCAUGGGACUAAAAAAAACAAAAACAAAUCGAGAGACUAAGGAAGUGAAAACUCAUGAAAAUGGUUGAAAGAUUUUCAGAGUUAAUCUCGAUAUUUUUUUUAUUUAUUCAAAUUUUUUUUUCUGUAGUGGUACUAACAUUAAUUGUUGAUUGUCGUCACAACCUUAAGGUCUCGUGGUAAUGUUUCAGAUCUCAGUAUAUUUUCCAUCUAAUUUGUUCCCACUUUAAAAGUUGUAUGACUACUAUACGUAAAGAACACAUACUUUAACCUUGUGUUAGUGUUCUAUCUCUAUAGGUGGUUUACGUCACUCACAUUGAUUACAUUCCACUUCACCAAAACCAAUACUGCUGUCAAUUUCUGUACAGUACUCGUAAAAAUACACCAAUGCUACUAUAUCAGCCUGACGUAUACUGUAGCUUGGUGAUACCACACUUUUAGCCGAUUGCAAAUUAUGCUCUGCACGCACUGAGUUUCAGGUCCGCUCCAUUUGCUCCGCCCCGGCAAAGCGAGCAAAGCCCUCCAGCCCACACCGCCCACACCGCCCCCCCCCCCCCCCCGUCACAAUGACAAUGGAAAAUAAAGUUUCACUUCAGUUGUCCUGCCAAAGUUUUAUUUUAUAACUUGUGAUAUUCUCAAGAAACGGUCUUGUAUUUCUUUUUACUCACUUCACUUUAUUUUGCAGUUAACACACAGCAACAUGACAUCAUUACUACUUGUUUAUAUCCACCAGACUCUUCUUGGCCUCUUAUUACUUCUUGUCUUUUGUCUACGCACUCCUGUUACAAAGUGCACUCUAUUGUUCAGGCUGAAACACCACAUAACUUAAAUUCCUUGUGUUACAGGCUACUUUUAAGUGAAACCUGUUGCUAGAGAAACAUGUAGUUGGAUGUUAAAAAGUCUGCAAUUACAAGUUGUUUCUUUAAAAAGUGUUACAAUUGAGCCAAACUUCUGCCAUGUUCAAGGCAGGUUCGUUUCAUGUUUUUGAACAAGAGUUUAAAAAUAUUUUCAGCACAAUUGCAAAAUGUAAUGGGAUGAUAAAGUAUCACUACUCGGUAUCACCAAGUACUCAAAUAUCAAUACUUGUACUUGUCAAUCUCAAUCAAGUCUCAAUCACUGCAUCCCUAAUAGUCACACGAACAUGCAUUGACUAUUCCUUUGGCUCUCAUUUUACAAAUUUAUGACAUGUGUGAGAGCUGUAAAUUAAAGAUAAAAGAAUACAAAUCCUUAGCUUACGAGAUUUGUGAGGAGCAUGCUUGUCGAACAUCUGUCAGAGUAUAUUCCUUAGGGUGAAACAAUGAAUGCGUGAUGCCGCUCAGGGGAACUCCUGGAAGUGUCAGAAAACGUAAUGUGCAUAGUUGCAUACAUGCCUGAAUGUUGUGCAUCUUGUAUUAUUUUUGCAGAUCACACACAUACAGCUUUCUUUGGAACUUGAGUCCCGUUCGGCCUUUUGUAUGUUGUAAUGCAAACCACCGGGGCUGUGGGAAUAAACCCUUGGCUGCAGAAAUGCCUCAUUUCAGCCUUGUUCUCCCUCGUUAAGAGUCAGUCGAUCGUGCAAGCUUGACAGUGCAAACAGUACCAGCCUCUGACCAAGGCUGCUGGGGGUCCAAAGAGCCACAAGACAAGAAACCAGUUUUGCUCAUCAGUUGAUGAGAAAGGUCACUAGGCAUUCACCAAUGUAAUAUAAUUGGGCAAUAAAAAGAAAUGAAGCUGGAUGUAAUCCGGAUGGGAGAUGCUGGUUGCCAAAAACACUCACAAAGAGGGGGAAAUAUGUUGCUGGCAAAUUGGAGC